AUGAGAAGAAGACACUAAAUUUUUAAUGAUCACAUUGAAUUAAGACUAGAACUGUUCUUUUUCGAUGAAUUGGUAUAGCUAGCUACUUAAUCAUUAUCUUACCUAGAGCUGCAGCACAAUUGUAAUUUCGAAAAAAUAGGGAGAGAACUAUUGCCAUUUGAUUUCGGCAAAAAUAAGGAAGCCAUAAUUGAGGAAUAAAAGCGAUGCAGGGAUAACAUGAGAUUUUCAUUCUUAACAACUUCGAGAGACUAACACUUACAGUUGGUGAAGCAAGGUUCAUUCUUGUUUCAUUAAUACAGGGUGCCUGAUAUGAAUGAAAUCAAUCAAAUGAGACGCGGCUUAUAAAUAACUCAUCAUCAGCCUCCAUUGCUGCUGUAACCUUCAUAGUUUCAGUAGCUGCAGUAAAGCAGCGAUAUACUUGAAGAUUAAAGCGAACAAAAUGACGAUUUCACUGAGGACUAAGACUAGUCAAAUUAAGGUCUAAUUAUCGAGGAAUAUGAUGACGAACAGCAAUAGUUGUAAUAACCCGAAAUUCAGGGAACUAAUGAGGAAAGCUCAGAAAGUAGCCCAAUUAGGCUAGGACUCAGGAGCCACCUGAUAAGUAGAGAAAGGAGAAUUUCAAUAGUGAGAGGUAGAAGCUAGAAUCUCUAUGCAGAAUCAGUUGACGACUUGCUCUAGUGUGUAAGUAAUCAUGAGAGAACUCAACUCAUGCUGAAUUUCCAUUAAUAGAAUCAUUCACAUACACCACAUGAGAGACCUUCAAAUGCACAGCACUAAUCACCUUUAGCUCCAACUGAAUCUUUCGAUCAUUCUGUUAACUCUUUGAAAUCAGAAAGUGGCUCUUCUUGUUCUCCAAGAACUUAUGAUAACCACAUAGAGAUUUUAAAUGAGAGAACGUAAAAUAGGGUUCCAAUCGCCAAGAAACUAAAGAAGGAUGACAAUAAUAAGCCAAUAUCUCGAAGAAUAAGUCAGAUAAAUGAAGAUGAAAAUUCAUUAUUAACCACUAAAAACCUUAAAGUUAGCAAUCCAUCAUUUUAUCGACUCGGCUCUUAGAGUAUGGGUUCUGGAGGUAAAUUUUCAGAGCAAACUGGCACGCCUUCUCCAAACAAACGAAUCCGCAGAGAACAGAGUAACACUAAGAGCAAGUAUAAAAUUAAGCCUGAGGAGCUGUGGGCCUUAGAAAAGUCUAAGAUUAAGGAAUCGUUGCUUCGUUCUAGCAAGCAAAACAAUUAAAUAGUCUAAAAUAAGAAGUAUGUUGAUGGCUUUAAAUACUUGAGAAGGAUGGCAAAAGUCAAGAUAGUGCACUUAGACAGCAAUGUGAUUCAAGAAGAAUAGGAAGAUGAGCAAUAGCAAAACAACUUUCUAAACGAGCCUUAAUUUGGCGGGAUAAUUUAAACUUCUAUCGACGAUCUAGAAAACGAGAUAUAUAGAUCGGACAGUGAAUCAGAGGAGUACAAGGAAAAUAUGAAUAUUGAGAAUGUGGAUGAAGAAGAGGAGCAGUACGAGGAAGAUUAUACCACUCGAAACAGAAAAUACAGCCAAACUAAUGAUUAACUAUUUGAAAGUAUGAAACUAUAACAAGUUGGUGAUGCUAAAUUAUCACCCACUGAUAAUAAGCACCAAUAGGUUCGAUCGUUUAAUUAAAAUGCCAUUACUGUAGGGACUCUAGAUUAAAGAGCUGAGGAUUUAAAAUCAAACAAAAAAGAUAAGGAGCAAAUGAUUGAAAACACAGACUUCAACAAAGCACUGUAAUAAAUCAGCAUUAAAUAGCAGUCACCUGUAAAGGAAAGCUUUGAUGAUAGCUUGAUUUACAAGACUUAAACAGACAAAUUGAAUUUACACAGUAAUUAUAUGCAUCAUAAGCAAGAUAGUUCGAUAAAUGCACAAAUAUAUCGAACUGAUUGGAAGCCUGCCCCAUUCGUAUCUAAGACAAAUAAUGAAUCAUUGCAGAGGCUUUCUAGUAAUAAAUUUGGCAGUAAUAACUUUAAUAACAACUAUGAAUCAACCAAUUCAAGCUUUGCAGGUAGCGCUUUGAAGAUUAAUUUGGAUAAAGUUUAUUAGCAAUUUAGUCCAAAAGUAAGACAAAAGAGCUCAUCCCUGAAAAAGGGUGGGAAUGUUUACAAGCAAUGCAAAUCGAUAACUAAAGGAGGAAAGAUUCAAAAAGAAUUCUACAAUAAUCUAAAGAACAAUCUAUAGGAGUUAGAGUCAAUGAUAAGCCUUGAUAACAAGGAUUAAGAAGGAUAUGGGGCUACCGCAGCUACUGGCAACAGAAAAAGUUCUGAAGAUUCUGGAUUUUUUGGAUCAAUUGGCUCCCAUUAGUAAAAAUUUAAGAACUAAGUCAAAACUUAGUACCAUAUCAACACUGAUAAUUCAGGUUUUGAGGAAGGAUCUAUAAAGUUCUAGCUAUCACUGAUCCCUACGACUAGAAAUAACGAUAUCAAAGAAAAGUUUUCAUUUGAUAACAAAGUAGAUGUUGAUCAAGAUUUAGAUAAACUCUCUAAAAAAUUCACUUAAUUAUUUAAGGGAGAUCAAAAGAAAGCCACUAGCUUUGUUAAUAAACCUGUGAAAGCGAAUGUGAAUUUUAAUUUUAAAGGGAGCAAUGAAGAUAAAAACAAUAACUUGUAAGAUGAGGAUGGCAGCAACAACUAAAAUCGGAUGAAAACUAUUAUAUAGAAUUCAAAUUUCAAGAAGAGACUAUCAAACAAGAUUCCUCAAGGCUAAAUGUCCAAUGUAAUGCUCAAUUAGUAGAUCUCUUUCAACAUGAAAUCAUCUCAUACAAUGAAGAAAAUGCAGUCAAAUUGCUCCUUAACAGGUACUAAUCAAUCUUAAAACUAAGACCCUACCUACUUGAACAAUUUCACAGUUGCACUAUCUACCUUAAAAAAGGCUUGA